AUGGAGAAAAAUAUGUAUCUAACAAGUCUAGUAGUUCUAAUACUUCUGUUGCCAUAUGUAAAUGCAACCUUGUCAGGGUCUAAAUUUCCUAAAGCUAGCAAGCACUUUGUGCUAGUUCACAAGGCAGGCAAUGGAGCCUGGUCUUGGUACAAGAUUGUGGCAUUAAUGAGAUCUUCAGGACAUAAUGUCACAGCUAUUGACUUGGGUGCUUCAGGAAUCAACCCUAAGCAGGUCCUCCAAGUCCAACAUUUAUCCGAUUACUUUAGUCCACUAAUGAAGUUCAUGGCUUCUCUUCCAGCACAUGAAAAAGUGGUUCUUGUUGGCCAUAGCCAUGGUGGGUUAGCCAUAUCUAAAGCCAUGGAAAGUUUUCUCGAAAAGAUUUCAGUUGCUGUAUUUGUCACUGCUCUAAUGCCUGGUCCAACUCUCAAUGCAACCACUGUCUACAUGGAGUCAUCUAGGGGAGUAUUAUCUGCACUUGAUAAUCGUGUGACAUAUGAUAAUGGACCUACCAAUCCUCCAACCACCUUCCUUGAUGAUCCAAAGUAUUUGGCCACUAAUGUUUACCAUCUGAGCCCAAUUGAGGAUUUGACGUUGGCCACUACACUAGUAAGGCCGCUAUACUUAUACAGUGUGGAAGAUGUUGCUAAGGAGAUAGAUCUUUCAAGCAAAAGGUAUGGAUCAGUUAGACGAGUGUUCAUUAUUGCUGCUAAAGAUAAAUUUCUAAAGAAGGAAUUUCAAAGGCAGAUGAUUGAAAAGAAUCCACCUGAUGAAGUGAAAGAGAUCGAGGACUCUGACCAUAUGGUCAUCAUGUCUAAGCCCCUUCAACUUUUAACUCUUAUUAUGAGCAUUGCUCACAAAUGA